GAAGGUGAGAAUGGAAUCAAAACAAAAGUUGUAAAAUUUUCAUAGUUCCUUUGUGUAACGGCAUUGGAGGCCUCUGUCGUCAUAAACAGUCCUCCUCCGUCUCCGUCUCUGUCUCUGGUAAUGCACACACUUCCAUAUUCCCAUUAAUUAGCAAUAUGGAUCAAAUUCGCUCCUUUUUUGUGGUGAGUCUGGUUGUGUCCUCUGCAUUUAUUGUUGCCGCUGGCUCCCUCCGGCACGUGAAGGACCCAAAGUGGCAUAACGCCACCGCGACUUGGUACGGGAGCCCUGAAGGCGAUGGCAGUACUGGAGGGGCAUGCGGGUACGGGACAAUGGUGGAUGUACAACCAUUUAGGGCUAGGGUGGGAGCGGUGAGUCCGGCGUUGUUCAAGGAAGGAGAAGGUUGUGGCGCUUGCUACAAGGUCAAGUGUCUGGACAAUACCAUUUGUUCGAAAAAGGCUGUGACGGUUAUCGUCGCUGAUCAAGCUCCCCAACGUUACAGUGAUCGACCGCUUUUCGACCUAAGUGGCUCUGUUUAUGGCCGCAUGGUCAUCACUGGCCACGGCAGCCGCCUUCGUGACCGUGGUGAGAUGCCCAUCAUUUACCGCCGGACACCGUGCAAAUAUAAGAGAAAGAAUAGUCUUUCAUGUGAACGAGGGGUCAACCCCUUACUGGCUUUCCCUCUUGGUCGAGUUCGAAAAUGGAGAUGGUGAUAUUGGAUCCAUGCACAUCCAAGAGACGGGAUCGAAAAAGUGGCUAGAGAUGAAUCACUUAUGGGGAGCCAACUGGGUAUUCAACGGGCCUUUGAGAGGGCCAUUGUCCGUAAAGAUAACGACACUCUCAAGCGGAGCCACCCUCACCGCAACCGGUGUUAUUCCCCGAAAUUGGGCUCCUAAAGCCACAUACACUUCUCGCCUCAACUUCCACAACUAAUUACUAUUUCUGUCCACAAAUUAAGCAAAAAAAGUUGUGUCAUCCAUGUGUGCCACCGACAUAAUCCAUUUAUAUACUCCCUCCGUCCCGCUGAGAUUGUCUUAUACCAAAUUUGGUAAAGACUGUGUGGCUCUAAAUAUUCUUACUUUAUUCUUACUUUAUCAAUUUAAUAUCAAUCAUACAAAACCACUUUUCUUAAUAAUUGUGCCACAUUCUCUCGUCCGAAUCUUAGUGGGACGGAGGUAGUAUCAUUUACUUCUCUUAGUUUAAUUCUGUAUUGAGUGUACAAGUGUAAACUCCAAUGAGUGUAUAUAUAUUGAUGUAUGUAAAUUAUACAGCGUCACUAAUCUUG